AAAUAACAAAUAUUAGUUCAGGACAAAAAAGUAAGCACACUGACCCAACAUUUUUGCAUCACUGGUAUUAGAAAAACAUUUUAUCAGCGAAAUAUCUUUAAAACGUUUUGUCAGCAGAACCUCCUAUAUGAAGCGUUAAAAAUCUAGCAAAAAUGGUGAAAAUUGGGUACUUCAAAAUUUAGGGGUAGGGGUUACAAAAAUUGUUUUUCUGGUAAACAUAUUAUUUACUAGAUCAAUAAUUUCAACUUCUAGAUUAAAUAGAAUGUGAUAGUUUUGUCAAUUCCAAGAAUAUUCAUACAUAUCUGAUAAGACAUUUUUUAAGGUAUUGCCUUGAUUUGUUGUAAGUAUGGUCAAAACAGCAGAAUUCACGUAAAAUCAUAUACAUGUACUUAACAUUCAAAAUGUUAGUUGUCAGAAAAUUUAGAAUUUUUCACCAGAGCAAAUAUUCAAUACAUCGAAGAUAUUUGGUACAAGUUGUUGCCCAAAGUAUAUAUGUCAAGGAAAACUACUGUACUGUUCACACAGGUACGUUUCUAGUCUUUUAUUAUAAAAUUAGACAGUGAUAAAUAUAUAUGAUCUUUAUAUAGGUAUUUCUGACUAAUUUUAUAAAACAAGAACAGACAUGGCUCUGAUGUACAUCACUAAAUAAUUCAGAUCGAAUCCAAUCAUUUAUAAUUCCAAUUACUGUCUCUUUAUUAAAUCGGAUACUGCGUCUUUUUUUUUUAAAGAAAUAGACCAACCACUUGAUAAAAAAAACAUAGGCCUAAACAUAAAAAAAUAAAGUUACUUUUUGACUCUUUAUUUAGAAUAUUCCGUCAAACCGGAAGUUGAUAUUAUACCUCGGCUGGAAACAACGAAAGGGGUUUAUGAUGGCAGAUGUGGAUGCAUCCUCUAACCAUUCCCAGGACAAAAAUGAUGAUGAGGAUGAUAAUGAGCAAGAAGAUGAGGGACCAUAUCUUGGUCGUGAUCUACAUGAAGGAAUUCAAGCUUUGUACCAUGAAAAAAAACUGACUGAUGUUACUAUUGUGAUAGAGUCAGAAAAAUUCCCUUGUCAUCGACUAGUGCUAGCUGCACUUUCGCCAUUUUUCCGUAGCAUGUUCACAAGUGAAUUUAAAGAAAAGUCCCAGGCGGAAGUUGAAUUAAAAUGUGUCAGUGCAGCAACUUUCAAGUGCAUACUAGACUACAUAUAUGCCUUUGAUGAAGUCAUCGGAAAUGAAAAUGUACAAGACUUGCUUAAAUCAGCUUGCAUGCUUGGGAUAGGAUCUCUUCAGUAUGAUUGUGAGAAUUUCAUUAUUGACAAACUGACAUUCGAGGACAGUGCUUCAACAUUGAAGUUUGCAAAAUCACAUUCAUGCAAGAAACUGACUGACUCAUGUCUAGAAAAACUGGGUGAGAAGUUUGAUAAAUUCAGUAUAACUGAGGACUUUUUGAACCUAGACAAGGAUGAUGUUAUAGAAAUGAUGAAAAUGGAGAGUCUAAUCACAGCUGCAGAAGAGAACACUGCCGAAGCUAUCAUGAACUGGGUGACUCACAAGAAAGAGGAGCGCCAGGUUGAUGCUGUUCUGUACAGUGUACUAGAAUAUGUGAAAUUCCCACUGAUGCCAGCUGAGUAUCUGUUUGAGUUAACUGAGCGUUUUCCAAUUCUCUGCGAAAACUGUCGUGUGAGAAGUUUAUUAGAUGAGGCCAAACUUUAUCACUGUGUUGGAUUUAGACGUCAUGAGAUUUCCUCACAUCGGACACAUUACAGGAAAAAAUCAAAGCUCACAAAUGUCAUGUUCAGCGUUAAGUGUGACAAUACACCAUCCCUAUAUGCAUACAGUUUCCAGGAAGAAAAUUGGGGGUUCCAGCGCUUCUCAAGUCCGACAGCAUAUGGCCUAGGAACCGCUUCAUGUAUCCAUGAUAAUGAUUUGUAUGUCCAUGGAGGGGUAGCAAACUCUCGUGGACAACUACAGAAAUUCAUUUCGCUUACGAACAGUUGGGUGAAGUGUCCAUCUUCAGGAAAACGCAUGUAUAACCAUGCUCUGGUCUGUGUGAGAGAGAGUUUGUAUGCCAUUGGUGGCUGCGAGGUGGAACACAACAGGGUGAUGACUGGGAUUAUGGAGUUUAACAUCACCAGUGAGUCUUGGUCUCCAGUUACUAAAGGAGCUCUCCCCUGUGCAGUACAUACCUUCAGUGCGACAGCCAUCGAUAGAAAAGUCUAUAUUUUUGGAGGAAAGACGAGAGAAGAUAGUGCUUCAUUAAAAAUCCAGUGUUUUGACACAGUAUCUAGACAAACAACAGUAUUUGGUGAUCUACCUGUGCCUGUUGCUUUAAGUGGUGCUAUCACUGUGGACAAGACAGUGUACCUUGCAUCAGGGGCAGGGGAGAUAAUCCAAUGGACGCCAAGAGAUGGGGGACUGAUCAUCAAGUCAGUACUGAAAAAAGAGAGAUCUAAAGAACGUGGUACGCAGUUGGUUUAUCACAAAAAAAAGUUGGUAGUCUUCUCUGCUUUUGAUUAUGAAGAUUAUGAACUCAUGCCAAUAUCUGAGAAUUGUCUGAUAGAUUUAGAGUCUGGAGACAUUGAACAUCCCUGGAUGAACUUUCCUGAGUUGUCCACUUGGGGUAGGGCUGACAGGUGCAGGAUGCAUUUGUGUGUAGCCCCAAGAUCCUACUUCAUGUCACAUCUGGAUGAUUCCAAUCCUGAUGAUGAAAGUGAUGAAAAUGCAGAGGAAGACCAGAGUUAGAUUUUUAUGUCAUUCACAUACAUAUGUAUAUACCUUAAAAAUUAAGGCUAGUCUGACAUUCAA